AUGUGGCUUGUUGUACUUUGCUUCGUUCUCCCUGCAAUCGUAUUCUCAUUCUUUGCGCUUCUUGCUUGGCUCAGAGUGCUCCAGCUUAAUUAUCGUCGAAAGAUGGAAGCCGAAGCUGCGGCUGCAGAGAAGAAUGAUAAACCGAAACCAUCUCAGAUUGAGAGUCUCAUCACCAAGAAAGAUGGCAAAGUUAUUUGCCACAUACCAAUCAAGGUUGAGGACAUCGAAACUGGAGCCAUGUUCCUUUACAACUCUGAUGACAAUCUGACUGAAACCAAGGUUCUUGAAGUCACCAACGAACAUGAGGAGCCUUUGAUCGUCGACCAGUAA